AUGCUAGUAAAAGAGCCUAUGCAGCAUGUCCCAUGUCCAUUUUUAAGAGCUGAAACCAUCGAAGGUGUAAAGGUUCAGUUAGUAAGCGAGAAAAGUCGAAUAGUCCCAAUUAAAGAAAUUACGAUUCCACAUCUUGAACUUCUCUCCUGUAUAAUAGGUGCCAGGUUCGCCAAAACAAUUCUAUCAGAUUUGAAGAUCAGAUUAUCAGAUUUGAAGAAUUGUAGAAUAGUGUUCUGGAGUGAUUCUCCUACAGCUUGGCGGUGGAUAAGAAGAGAUCAAGCAUGGGGUACGUUUGUUCACACUCAAGUACAAGAAAUAAGAUCGCUUACCGGAAUAUCUGACAGGAGGCAUGUACCUGGAAGUUUAAAUCCAGCGGAUCUCCCAUCGAGAGGAUGUACUAUUGAGCAAUUAGAGAAAUCGUCAUGGUGGGAGGUCCCUCGUGGCUUUUACCUACCAGAAGAUGAAAAGCCCACGUAG